UAUAUUUAAAUUAAUUAAUUAAAAAACAAAUUGAGAAUGGAGCUGAAAACUGCUUUCAAAAUUCAGGCUGCUGGUUUAAAAUACAGGCCCCUGCUUUUCAGAGUGUUUGUUUUCAAAAGCAGUUACAGUUUCAGUUUACCCCCAAAACCCACCAUCUUCGUUCUAAACCCAAGCAAUACAGUUACACACAGAUACACAGAAACCAAGAAAUUCAACCACAGAGAGAGAGAGCUAUGGAUUCUUACCAUUGCAGCAGGUGCAUCAAGCUCUUCACGUUCACGCUUCCCCUGUUGUGCCUCCUGUCUUUGAGCUCCACCGCCGCCACUUUCCUUCCGCCGCCCUCCUCCGCUCUACUCGCCGCCGACACCCUCCGCACCAGAGGCUAUACCCUCUUCGCAUCCGUGAUUGUCUCUUUCUCGUCGACGGCCAACUUCACCGGCACCCUGCUCGCCCCGCCGGACUUUGCGUUCUCCUUCGCCACCGCCAAAUUCUUGACCAACCCCCGCCCCUCCAUCUCCCUCCUCCAAUACCACACCCUCAAACCGCCGUUCGUUCUCACGUGGCCGGACCUCUCCUCCCACGACGACGGCGAUGAGCUCCGCACUUUUUUCAACAACAACUGCCUUUACCUCUUUAAGAAAUCGUACGGCGCCGAAGUUUCGAUUUCUUCGUCUCCGUUCAGGAACCCAGCCCUGGCGGUCAAAAUCCGCCAGCCAGAUCUUUACGUGGACGAGCAUCUCACCGUCCACGGAAUCGACGGCGUAUUGGACCCAACGUUUGCUAGAAAAUGCACUGUUUCAGAUGUUGUUGAUCCGGCGGCGGAGUCCGGUUCAAUUCUGGUGAACCGGGUUUUUCUCGACCGUGCGAUGCGGGUGUUGAGGAGGAAGGGGUACAGUGUGGUGGCUGCGGCUAUGUCCGUCAGAAGAUCAGAUCUGUUAACUUUGACGUCCGUCACUGUUUUCGCAGUUUCCGACGAGAAUCUGUUCCUGAAACCCCAAGGUUUCCGUUACGAUUUCCGUCACCACGUCGUUCCGUCGCGGUACUGUAUUGCAGGUCUUUUGGCUUCGAUGUCUGUUGGAAUGGAGGUCGGCACUUUGGCUCCGAACAUGACUCUCCUCGUCAGUUCCGUCGACGGCGCGGUUAACGUUAACGGCGUCGCGGUGGACGUGACGGAGGUUUAUCGCAGCGGGUGGAUUGUUGUGCUCUCAAUCAUGACGUCAUUGGAUGACGCCGUCAAUUCUCAAGGCAAAUCGCCGUUUGCCGCCGCAGUAUCCGACGAUCUGACUCCUUCUCCGACUCCAUUUUCCGGCGUUUCUGCGCCCGCUAAUUCACCUAUAAUUCCUUCUCCCAGUCCACUUUCCGGCGUUUCUGCGCCGGCUAAUUCACCUAGAAUUCCUUCUCCGAGUCCAUUUCCCGGCGUUUCUACGCCUGCUAAUUCACCUAUAAUUCCUUCUCCGAUUCAAUUUUCGGGCAUUUCUGCCCCUGGUAAUUCACCUAGAAUUCCUUCUCCCAGUCCAUUCUCCGGCGGUUCUGCGCCUGCUAAUUCACCUAGAAUUCCUUCUCCGGCGCCUUCGUACUAUGUGGAAGCUGUGAACGAUAGCCCUAGCCCAGCGCCGGUUAAUUCAGAUCUGACUCCAUCUCCGGAGCCAGAUCUCGACAGAGAGAUUGACGAUUUAUCCCCGAGCAUCGUAAGUACCAUCGGCAGCCCGUCGCCGGUUCCGUCUGGCCAGAACUCAGAUUUUUCUCCGUCACCGGCAUCUCCGACCAUCGAAAGUACCACCGGCAGCCCGUCGCCGAUUCCGUCAGGGCAGAACUCCGAAAUUUCUCCGUCUGGGGCAGCUCUGAGCAUCGUAAGUACCACCGGCAGCCCAACGCCGGUUCCGUCGGGGCAGAACUCAGAAAUUUCUCCGGCGCCGGCGGAUACAAUAGAUGACGACGGUGUCACUCAUUGUGAUUUCAACGCCAUCGGGAUCGAAGGAGGAGAUCUCCUCUGCCCGAUCAGCACUGCGAGGAAAAUGCGGGAAACAGAGAUUUUCAAUGGUGCUGACGUGGACGAAUCUAAGCCGUCGGAUGCUGACAGCCAAGUCACCGAUGAUUUGACUCGAUCUGACGAGGUCAAAAUUGCUGAGAAUGUCAACAUUGCUGAUGAUCUAUUCUUCUACAUUUGAUUGUUUGCCACGUGGCCUUGUAUAUCUUGCCAAAUUUUUGUAC